UCACAAAUUUUCAAUCUUUAUAUUAGCAUAAAUAUAAAAAAAGAGAGGAAGAAAUGGCCCAAGAAAGAGGCAAUGCAAUGAUGUGCAUGACUGUAAUGUUAUUCCUAUUGCUUAGCAUGAAGACGAGCUUUGCGACCACUUUCAUGGUGGGUGAUGCCUCUGGUUGGGAUUUCGGUGUCAAUAGUUGGCCCAACGGAAAAAGCUUCAAAGCUGGCGAUGUCCUCGAGUUUACGUAUAAUCGAGCAAUUCACGACGUGAUGGUGGUGGAUAAGGAAGCAUAUGAAGCAUGCGAAAGGCCGAUAAGUGCACCGAGAUUCGAGACCGGAGAUGAUCUAAUCACACUUAAAAAGGGUGAUAAUUAUUUCAUCUGCAGUUUCCCCGGCCACUGCGAGGGUGGACUCAAAAUAGCCGUCAACGCUGCAUAACCUCUCUUAUGUAUUUGGAAA